AUUUAGUGCUAAAAUAACUUGUUUUGAUUGUGAUAAUUUUCUAAUCGGUUUUUCCCAAAUGUCACAAAUAAGACAGAAUUUCCACAAAGACUGUGAAGAUGCAAUUAACAAACAAAUUAAUAUCGAAUUGAAUGCUAGUUACGUUUAUAUGGCAAUGGCUUAUCAUUUUCAACGAGACGACAUAGCUCUUAUGGGGUUCCAUAAAUAUUUUAAAGAGGCUUCCGAAGAGGAAAGGGAACAUGCUUAUCGUUUCAUGGAAUACAUGAAUAAAAGAGGAGGACGUGUAGUUUUUACUGAUAUAACUGCACCUACAAAACAAGAAUGGUCAACGCCUGUUGAAGCUAUGGUGGAUGCUCUUCAUUUAGAAAAAGAAGUUAAUGAUCACUUACUUCAAUUGCAUAAUGUUGGUUCAGGACACAUGGACGUCAACCUGUGCGAUUUUCUAGAAACGCAUUAUCUCCAAGAACAGGUAGAUGCAAUUAAAGAAAUUGGGGAUCAUGUCACAAAUUUGAAGAGGGUUGGAGAAGGACUUGGAACCUACAUGUUUGAUAGAAGAUUGGCAGAAGACACUAAAUAAUUAUCGUCUUUAGUAAUUUUGUAGUCAAUAAUUGUCAAUUUUAAUCAUAAUUUGUACUUUAUAUAUUAGCUGGCUAUUAAAACUUUUGUAAAAAAGUUUUUAUACCGAUGGAUAUUAUUAGGCAGUGAUAAUGUUGCGUAAGGUGCUAAAUUUGUUACUUUAAGAAUAAUUGAUUACACGUAAAAAUUGUAUUCUAAAUAUUAAUAAC